AUGAUAAUUCUUGAUCUCUCAAGAAAUCAAAUAUCAGGAAGACUCCCUUGGUGCCUAGGAGAUUUACAGCAUUUGGAAAAUCUAGACCUGACCGACAACAACUUGUAUGGCGAUAUUCCAAGGUCUUUAGGUUCUCUAAAUUGGCUAACGUCCUUGCACUUGCACAACAACAGGUUUUCUGGGAAGCUUCCAUCGUCUUUGCAUCAGCUGACUGAACUAAGGAUCCUUGAUCUAGGAAAAAACGCAUUCAGUGGUGUUAUCCCUCCAUGGAUCGGAGAAAAUCUACAUAAUUUGGAGUUUCUUAGUCUUCAGUCAAAUGAGUUCUAUGGUGAUAUUCCUCUGCAACUCUGUUGGCUCUCUGCACUUCACCUGUUAAACUUGGCACAUAACAGUAUAACUGAUUCUAUGAAGGGAACCGAACUUCAAUUUACCACAACAACCCCAUUUCUUACGUCAAUAGACCUUUCCAACAAUGACAUGGGUGGAGAGAUUCCAGAAGAGUUAAUGCAUCUGUGGGGGUUACGGAAUUUGAAUUUGGCUGGAAAUCAUCUAAUAGGAAGGAUUCCUAAGAAAAUUGGCAGUUUGAAGCAAUUGGAAUCAGUUGAUCUAUCUAGAAAUGAGCUUUCCGGUCCAAUUCCUCCAGGUUUGUCGGAUUUAAACUAUCUAAACCACUUAAAUCUGUUAUUCAAUAACUUAUCAGGGCAAAUACCAACGGGACAUCAACUCCAGACCUUGGAUGAUCAAUCCAUAUAUAGAGGCAUCGAUGAACUUUGUGGAGCCCCACUCUUAAAGAGUUGCUCCGAUGGUAAGCAAUCAGUCAGUUAUAAACAUAUUGAGGAUGAAGGUGGAGAGGGGUUUGACUUUUUUUGGUUCUAUGCUGGUAUUGGACCUGGUUUCUCAGUUGGCUUCGUGGGGGUUUGUUGUACCUUGCAUUUCAAAAGGUCUUGGAGGUAUACAUACUUCAGGCUCGUCGACAAUGUCUACAAUAGGAUUCUUUUAGUAAGUGCACUGGCUGCUGCUAGGCUGCAGAGGAAAUUCCACAAAGGUGAACUUGGAGGAUGA